UGUUUCCAAUCUUGAAAAGCACUACUUAUCAGAUCAAGCAAUCAAACACAGAAAAAAGGACAAUACUCAAGAUCAGUCAAAUACACAGAUAAAGAGCAUAACAUCUACAACCGAUAUUAACGAUCAUGAGAUAAAAAACACAGAAAAUGAUACCAUAAACAAUGAUUAUCACGACAACGAGGUCACAAAUGUAAAACUAAGAUGUACUCAACCAGACCAUGAAAAUGCACAGGACGAGAACGAGAUAGAGGAUUUGGAAGAUAACAACGUUCACGAAAAUAACAUCAUGAACCACAAUAAUCACGAUAACGAAAAUCCAGCCGUAAAUAACGAGACUCUAACUGUAAAUAACGAGACUCCAACUGUAAAUAACGAGACUCCAACUGUAAAAAAUAACGAGACUCCAAUUGUAAAUAACGAGACUCUCAACUGUAAAAAAUAAGGAUGGCGACAAAAAAACAAAAGUAACUUCAACAGAUAACGUGUCUGAAACCGAAUCCAAUAAUAAAAAGAGUUGUGAGACCAGCAUCCUUCAGCAAGAACUGUGAAAAAUAACUAGAAAGAUGGAAAAAUUAGAAAAUACAGUUUGCGAUCUAAUAGACAAAGUGAGUGUGAACAACGUAUCACAGAAAGAAACGCGAUGCUCAGGAGAAGAAUCGACUUGCGAACAUGAUACAGAAUUACGCAGAGUUAGAAAGAUAAGAAAAGAACAAGCUGAUUUUGUUACAGACCAAGCCAGAAAAAUUAAGGCGUAUCAAAGUGAAAUUGAUCACCAACAAACAAUUAUAAGUUCAAAAAACAGGGAAAUCGAAGAACUAAAUGAAAAGAUUCAAUCAAAGAUGCAAGUAAUAUCCAAACAAGAUGAUGAACUUCACGAUCUUAACACACUGAGGAAGAAAGUGGAGAAACAGGAUUCAGUUAUCAGAUCAAAUAAGAAUGAAAUGGAAGAGCUACAACAAAGAAUAAAAAUAAAAACCAGUAUUUAG